UUUUUGUUAGUAAAGGAUAAAAAGCCCACACAGUGUUUCCUCUUAUCUCUCUCCCCUCAUCGGCGAAAAUGGCGUCGGUGGCAUCAUCGCCGAUAUCUUUCGCCGCUUCUUUCCUCAGAACCAAACCCGUCCCUCGCUUCCUCCCCAUCCGCACCCUCCGCUGCGCCCUCUCCUCCUCCUCCUCCUCCGAGCCAAUCGAAUUCGACAUCUCAUUCGCUCCUCCCAAACCCACACCUUCCUCCCCUCGCGGCAACGCCGCCUUCCAGCAGCUCUUCAUCCCUUGGAUCGUCCGCGGCGAAGACGGCAAACUCAAAGUCCAAUCCCAACCUCCCGCGCAGCUAAUCCACGCCCUCGCAGACGCCACCACACAGAACCCUAAGAAGAAGGUCAAGAAGAAGAAGCCACAAGCUUCCUCCUCCUCCUCCUCCUCCGCCGUCACCACAUCCUCGGAGCCGAAGCUCUCAAAGGCGGCGAGAAGGUAUUACAAUGAGAAUAUCAAAGAGCCUCCUCAGCGUUUGAGCAAGGUUCUCGCUGCUGCUGGAGUGGCGUCGAGAAGAACCUCUGAAGAGCUUAUCUUUGACGGGAAGGUUACUGUUAAUGGCUCUCUGUGUACUACUCCACAGACUCGUGUUGAUCCAACGAGAGACAUUAUCUAUGUUAAUGGGAAUCGUGUGCCCAAGAAGCUUCCUCCAAAGGUUUAUUUUGCUCUCAACAAGCCUAAAGGAUACAUCUGUUCUUCUGGAGAGAAAGAGACCAAGUCUGUUGUUAGUUUGUUUGACGAGUUCAUGGCCAGUUGGGAUAAAAGGAAUCCAGGGACUCCUAAACCUCGUCUUUUUACUGUUGGCCGUCUUGAUGUCGCCACAACAGGGUUGAUAAUAGUUACAAAUGAUGGAGAUUUUGCACAGAAACUUUCACAUCCUUCAUCUAGUUUACCAAAAGAAUAUAUUACUACGGUUGCUGGUGAUGUACACAAACGGCACUUAAUGGCCAUCAGCGAAGGGACAGUUGUGGAAGGAGUCCACUGUGUCCCAGACUCAGUUGAGUUGAUGCCAAAGCAGCAUGAUAUACCAAGAGCACGGCUACGUAUUGUGGUUCAUGAAGGGAGGAACCAUGAAGUCAGAGAAUUAGUGAAAAAUGCUGGGCUUGAGGUUUACUCAUUAAAGCGUGUUCGUAUAGGUGGAUUCAGGCUUCCUUCAGAUCUUGGGCUAGGGAAGCAUGUGGAAUUGAAGCAGAGCGAGCUAAAGGCAUUGGGUUGGAAGAGUUGAAGUUACAGAUGUACAUUUCUGCUUACCUUUUGGAUUUAUCUCUCUUUGUUUUCUCAUAUGAUUAGGAGAAUUAUUAAUUGUUAGUUUUCAAAUUGAGAAAGAAAAUAGAGAUUGAAGAUUUUGUGGGUUACAUAUAUGUUUAGGAGAAGUAUACUGUUCAUCUACAAAGUUAAACCGAAGAAAACGACUGCAGAAGUGCUUUCAGUUUUUUUUUGUUCUUCA